GCAUGCCUUUGAGUUCAUUCGUUUCACAACUGAAAGAAAUGAAGCUCAAAUACGGAGCAAACUUCUUCUUUCACGCUGGCGAGACCAACUGGUACGGGGAAUCCACUGAUUUCAACCUUUUUGACGCCAUUUUACUGAACACUACCAGAAUAGGACACGGUUACGCUCUACUGAAGCAUCCUCUUGCCAUGAAGAUGAUCAAAGAAAAAAACAUAGCUGUGGAGAUAUGUCCCAUCUCCAACCAAGUUCUGAAGCUGGUAGAUGACAUCAGGAACCACCCCGGAGCGUUACUCAUAGCGAACAAUUUUCCCGUGGUGGUGGCUCCGGAUGACCCCUCGUUCUGGGGGGCGAAAGGUCUGAGCUACGACUGGUACUAUGCGUUCAUGGGAAUGACCAGCAGGGAAAGCGAUCUGAGGUUCCUGAAACAACUGGCCAAGAAUUCGAUAGAGUUCAGUACGUUGAAUGAAGAGGAAAAAGUUGCAGCCUUUGGGAAAUGGGAGAACGAUUGGAAUAGUUUCAUUGACAAGAUGUUGGAGAAGCAAUGUCCAAAAGAUCUUCAAGAUAAUUUGGUGUGAGUUUAUGUCUCCGAUAUGAAACAUGAUGUGGUAGUCUUGUUCAUUAAAUUGUGUAAUUCAUA